AUGGACGGCAAUUCCAACAGUAGCCUGGCCGAUCGGACCAACCGGAAUCCAGGUAGGUUGAGAGUCAAUGGCCAAUCAGGUUACAGCGCAAAGACUGCUCUUUGUAAACUACACAAACGCAGACACAAAGAGAGGGACUACCCAACCAACAGCGCACUGAAGAUGUCUCCUCGAGUGGUGACGAAACAUUUGCAAAUCAAUUGUCAAGCUCGGAGAACAGAGCAACAACCUUCUAUCAGUUACCAAUCAGUCUGUAAAUCUUUGGCGAAUCCUUUCAUCGCUACACUCUUGAUUGCAAAAUUUGAGUCCAUUGGAUCUGUAUUGGAUUUUCCUGGCAAAGGGAGACAGUCUCUGAGUGACGAAAGAGCGCCCAUUUUACAGAAUGCCAUCGAGCAACUUCAGUCCUUCAGCACCAUGGCAUCUUCAAGGCAUGAUCAAGGCUCGCAAGUCAGUUGUGCGGUUCUUACAAGAGAUCCAACAUGUAUUAAUCAAAAGGAAACUACUCACGAGGUUGCUGAAAACUCUUCGACAGCCCACGACCGGUUUCGCCCCUCUUGGGGCUCCUCAGAUAGACGCGGUCCCCGAGUUUCCGUCAACCUUAUGUUCUACUUGAACCCAAAUCGUACUGUUUCCGAGAAAUACAUUCAUUUGCAAACCAAUUUAGUUUUCACGAGGAACUCAACUCCUUAUUGUAAAGAAAAGAGUAAAGGUGGACGGGGAAGGGACUUGGUGCUAGCUUAUCACAAUCAUUCCGAGGUGCCAAUACCUCCAGACAUUCACUCAGGCAAUCUGGAUAGGAACU